AUGACCUCGUACACCACGGCCAGCGACCGACCGGCUGAUGGCAAGCGACUGCGCGUCGCUGUGCUCGGUUGCGGGCGUAUGGGCCAGCGACAUGCGCUGAAUCUGCACAACUUGACGCCUCGUGCGCAUCUCAUCGCGCUGUGCGACCCUUCCCCCGCCGCAGCGAGAUGGGCGGCCUCCCACCUCCCAGACAUACGGUUGCACACUGAUCCCGAGGAAGUCUUCGCGUCGUCAGAUGUCGACGCGGUCAUCAUCGCGACGAUCACAGCCACGCACGGUCCACUGACCCUCCGUGCGAUCGAGGCGGGGAAGCACGUUCUCCUCGAGAAGCCGAUCGCGCUCGACGUGGACGAUGCGCGACCUGUCGUCGCGGCGGCGGAAAGCGCACGAAUCAAGGUCAUGCUCGGCUUCCUGCAUGACCACCUGCGCGAGUCCUCUGGCAAAGUGUACCUCCUCAAGUCGACCACACAAGACCCGUACGACACGACGGGCUUCUUCGUGCAGUACGCGCCGCACUCGGGCGGCAUCUACACCGACUGCGGGAUCCACGAUAUCGACAUGAGCCGGUGGCUUCUCGGCGGCGAGCGCCCGAAGAGCGUGUACGCUACAGGCAGCAUCACGCUCGUUCCCGAGCUCGCGGCGCUCGGCGACGUCGACAACGGACUGGCAGUCAUCACGUUCGCGAGUGGCGCGCAGUGCACGCUCCACCUCAGCCGUACCGGCAUGGGCGGGUACGAGAGCGUCGUGGAAGCGUACUCGACCACUGGCAAGGCCGUCGUCGACACGCCGGCCGUGGCGCGCGUCGCUGUCACGGACGGGCAGGGCCGCAGGCUGCCCGGGGCUGGGCCGAGCUACAUCGACCGCUUUGGCGACGCGUUCGUGCGCGAGGUCGCCGCGUUUGUGGACUGCGUGCUGGAUGACACUCCCGUGCCCACCACUGCUCGCGACGCGCUACAGGCUGGACUCAUCGCCAAGGCGUUGACGCACUCGCUCAAGACUGGCCUGCCAGUGGUGUUCGACGGCGACGGCGAGCCGCUCCUGUCGUGA